CCCCCCCAGCGCCCCCCGCCCUCAGGCGGCCCCGAAACCCCCGGGCACCGGGCGCUCCGGUGCCGUCCGGUAACCCACCGGGCUCUCCAUGCGAGCCGAGCCCCGAUGGCCGCGGUCCCGAGCGCCGCGAUCAAGCGCAAGCCGGAGGAUGCGGGACCGGGAUCAGGAUCGGGAUCAGGAUCGGGAUCAGGAUCGGCCGCCUCGGACGACGAGAUCGCCACGAGCGACAGCGGCGACAGCUGCGACAGCGGCGGCAGCACCGGCAGCGCCGCCCCCCCGUCCAUCCUGCGGCGCUCCCGGCGCCGGGGCGGCUAGCGCGUGCGCUUCGCCCAGGUCACCGUGUAUUACUUCGCCCGGCGCCAGGGCUUCACCUGCGUGCCCAGCGCCGGGGGCAGCUCGCUGGGCAUGGCCCCCCGGCACCACCGGGCCCGCAGGUACAGCCUCAGCCAGUUCGCUCACCUGCGCCAGGUGAGCCACCGGCAGCACCUGCGGCAGCACCUGCGCCGGGAGAAACUGCGCGCCAGGAGGAGAGAGCGACCAGAACGGGCCAGGUGCUCCGUGCCGGCGAGGCCACAGGGGCUGCCUGGCCGACGUGUCCGGCGAGGGCAUCCAGGGCGGUGGGGCAGGUGGAGGUGGCGAUUCUACCUGCGCGCUGCCACCGGGGCGCCGGCGUGCCACGUGACGGGCGUCGCAGGAUCGCCAGGUGCGGCAGGAGGCGGGCGCCAGGCGCGCUGUCCCGCGAGCAGUGAGGGCUGCCACUGCCACUCAGGCCUGCGAGGGGCCAGGGGCACCGUGCGCCUGGGAGCGGGCAUCCAGUGCCAGGUCCCAGCCUGUCCCGUCGCGGCUGCUCCCGGGCGCAGCCGUCUGCGGGGACGCACCUUUUUAGCGGCCGGGCGCAUCGAGUUCAACCCCCUGCGCGUGCGCACGCACUUCCUGCACACCCUGAUGAAGCUGGAGCUGGAGAACCGGCGCCAGGAGGAGCAGGAGGAGGAGGAGGAGGAGGAAGGAGCUGCCGGCCCCAGCUGGCCGCCCCCGCAGCCCCCCGAGACUCAGGACUUCCAGGAGUACCUGGCGGAGAACGAGCGGGCGGUGCUGCACCUGCAGACGGCCGAGGAGCUGGAGAGGCUGAAGGCUGAGGAAGACUCUGGAAGCGGCUCCGGGGGAGAGGGGGGCGGGCUCUGCGUGCUGGGGGAGCCCCUGGGUGACGCCUGGCAGGUGAAACCUGCCCCGUGCCCCGGGCUCGGCUCCGCCAUCCUCAUCCCGGCCCAGUUCCCGCUGGAAGCCCCUGUGCUCUGCUACCCGCCGGCCCAGGUGGGCUCCCAGCCUUACCUGCCCGAUGCCCCUGGGCUCUUGUGCCAGCUGGAGCCCCGGGCGGCUGCCAAGGGCGGCAGCGGCCACGUGGAGCAUCCGGCCCCAGCCUCCAGCCCCCCCGGCAAGGAGCUGGGGGUCCCACCUGUCCCUGCGGCUGUGAGCAAGGAAGGAGCGCCCCAAAACCUCCCAGAGCACCUGGAGCACCCCCACCUGCCCGUAUGAGCGGCCUCAGGCCCUGUGGCUCCGUUAUUUAUUCCGUGGAUUGAUUAUUUAAUUGGUGGGGGCUGCUCUGGACUGAGGAUUCACCUGGCCCAGGGCCGGGAGUCCUUCUCUCACCUGGUUGGGGUCACCAGGAUUCACCUGAGCUGCAGCCUCUGGGAUCCUUCCUGUUCUCCAUCCCACCUGUGCCAGGACUCACCUGAGCUGGAGCCUCCUGGAUCCCAUGGCAGCUCUGUCCCCCCUGGCUGCCUCCACUUUCCUUGUUUUUAAGGGAAAAAUCGGUUUUUCCCUAAUUCCUGUUUGUUUCAUGAAUGUCUCACCUGGGCCACCUCAUGCAGGUGAUGCUCCCACUCACCCGCAGCUGGGAUGGAUUGGGAAACACCUGCAACUGGCACAAGAGACCCAAGACUGGAGUCCCCAAACUCACCUGGAAAAUUUGGGGGGGGUUGAACCAACUUCACCUCCCCGUUGGCUCCUCCAUCACCUGGACCUGAUCACCUGGACCUGUGGGAACCUUCUGGAACGUUCAUUCCCGUGUUGCGGGGUCGGAGCUGCCCCUCCAGGGACCAGGUUUGGGACAUGAGGGUGCAGGGGUGUCCCUGUCCUUACCUGUGGCCCUGGCCCGCUGCAGGUGGGCUCUGGGCAUCCAGGUGCUCCUGGAGCAGUUCCAGCCCUGCAGGUGUGCACAGGUGUCCCAUGGGUGCCAUGUCCCCUGCCCUGCCUGAGCCCUGAGCUCUCAGCUGGCUCCUUGCCCAUCCCAGGUGAGCUCCAUCCAUCCGUGCAGGUGACCUCACCUGGCUGUGUUUCCCAAAGAGCUGCUCCUCCAGCCCAGGAUCCAUCGCACGCUGCCAGCAGGAGCAGAGCCCUGCAGGUGUGCACAGGUGUGCAGCUCCUGCAGCUCCUGAUGCACCUGAAUUCCCAGAGCACCUGCAGCUCCCCGUGCUGCUCCUCAGGUGCUUCCUGCUCACCUGUGCUCCCUCUGGCUCCGGGCAUCUCCACUGGGGUGGAUUCAGGUUCUCCAGGUGUGCAUUCCCCAGACCCACCUGGUCCUUCCAGCCCUUGCUUGUACUGGGGUUCAUGGGACACCCACCCCGGCCCUUCCUGGGAUCUGCCUUGGGGUGAAACUUCUCAUUUCUGGGGCUUUUCCCUCUUUUUGGCUUCAGCCAGGUGAGAUCAGCCUGGCCCAGAGCGACUGCAGCCUGGGGAGAGGCAGAGAGGGGGAGAUUCGGGGUGUGGGGUGGGGCUGCCUGCUCCCUGCUGGCUCUGAGCCCUUGGGAUUGCCUCACCUGGGUGCUCUUGGGUUCUGGGAUCUGCUCACCUGCUUGGGACUGUGCCCCAAAACCUGCAUUCUGCUCACCUGGACCCUGCAGA